UUAUAAUUGCGCUUCCUAAAUCGAAAGGGCUUUUCAUGUUGUGUGCGGCAACCACACUCUGCGGUUGGUGCUCUUACCUCUGUCACGAGCCCUGAAUGACGCCAUCACGCCGCGACGUGCGCGCCGCCCUGUGAGGAUGAGCUGCACGCGCCAUGGAUUGACAUAAUGGAGGAUAGAUAGGAGAGGCACCGAAGCUCAGGAAAAGUGGCUCAACAACUGUUGAUCUAAUUCCAGUUGUAGUCGCGGACCCCGGUUCGUUUGACUUAAUAUUUCGUGGCUGGCGCAGCUCGCUCGGACGGGACGACGCCCUGGACCUUUACAAAAUGCCGAAUAUCAAGAUAUUUAGCGGUAGCUCACAUCCGGAUCUUUCUCAGAAAAUAGCUGACCGCCUCGGUCUCGAAUUAGGGAAGGUAGUUACUAAGAAAUUUUCCAAUCAAGAAACGUGCGUUGAGAUAGGGGAGAGUGUUCGGGGUGAGGACGUCUACAUCGUGCAGAGUGGCUGCGGGGAGAUCAAUGAUAAUCUUAUGGAACUCCUGAUUAUGAUUAAUGCCUGUAAAAUUGCCUCGGCCUCCAGAGUCACAGCUGUCAUCCCCUGCUUCCCCUACGCCCGCCAGGAUAAGAAGGACAAGAGCCGUGCGCCCAUCUCUGCCAAGUUGGUGGCCAACAUGUUGUCAGUAUCAGGCGCUGACCACAUUAUCACAAUGGACCUUCAUGCCUCCCAAAUCCAGGGUUUCUUUGAUAUCCCCGUUGACAACUUGUAUGCAGAGCCAGCUGUGCUGAAAUGGAUUAAAGAGAACAUCCCUGAAUGGAAAAACUGUAUCAUAGUCUCACCUGAUGCAGGAGGAGCCAAACGGGUCACCUCAAUAGCGGACAGGCUAAAUGUGGACUUUGCUCUCAUUCACAAAGAGAGGAAAAAGGCAAAUGAAGUGGACCGCAUGGUUCUGGUUGGAGAUGUGACGGAUCGGGUGGCCAUUCUGGUGGACGACAUGGCUGACACGUGUGGGACGAUCUGCCACGCUGCCGACAAACUCAUUUCCGCUGGUGCCACCAAGGUGUAUGCCAUCCUAACGCAUGGCAUUUUUUCUGGACCGGCAAUUUCCCGCAUCAACAAUGCCUGUUUUGAAGCUGUGGUGGUCACUAACACCAUCCCUCAGGAGGAGAAGAUGAAGCACUGUUCCAAAAUACAGGUCAUAGACAUUUCCAUGAUCCUCGCAGAGGCCAUUCGCAGAACUCACAAUGGCGAGUCCGUGUCUUAUUUGUUCAGCCACGUCCCCCUGUAGCGACACCAUCAUCUGCGCGCUCUAACACCAAAUAAGAAAAGAGGGAACUCCCCAAACAAUACCAUUAACCAAGGUGUCCUGCUAAUUAACUGUGGAGGAAAACAGAGAAUGACUGAACUGUUGUGUCUGUUACUAAUGCUGACCCCAUCUCACUCCAGUAGCCCCCCCCACCCCCACCCCCUUCAGCAGUGUCCCCUUACGUCUCGGGCGCCAAAGCAAUCGCAAGCUGCCCGUUUGGGCUGGCGUAUUUAUUGUAUAUGGUUAAAUAAGCGUUUAUCCGAUGUGGACUUUGUCUUUCUUUCUUAACAUUUGACUUCCAGAGUUUCUCCUGAUCAUUGUAACGCAUCUCUUCAGUUUGUUAAAGAGCUCCUAUGAAUAUAAUAUACAGGUGUCAGUGCUCAGGAGAAGCAUCGUGCAUAUAAAGCUGUUACAGUGCUCUUUGUUAUAAUGACCGAGUCUAGUUUUUCAUGUUGUUCUUGUAUUUUCUGCUGUUUGAGCAAUCCUAAUUAUUGAAUGUGUAUCGAACUAGUUUACAGUGCCACUGAAGCUCCACUCAACCAAGAGUGCCUCAAAAGUCUGAGAAGAAAUUGCAUAAUCCUCCAGUUGUAUCUCGUUCUAUAACAUUUUGUUCUUUGCUUCCUAACUGGAGGAACGUUCACAUGUUUUCCCCAGCUAUCGUUCUCCUUUUUGUUCUUUCAACUCUUGAGGUGCCCUCGUUGAGUGGGGUUUACCCAGUGUUCAAAAUGUACCCUUCGAGAGUGGCGGUGGAGUCGGUUGA